CUGGGGUAAACUCCAGCCUUUCUGUGAGGAAACUCUGGGCACUCAGUUAAGGUCAUCUCAUUGAAUAACACAGCUAUCUCUGGCCCAAGGGUGAUGAUAACACAGCUAUCUCUGGCCCAAGGAUGAUCAUAAUAUGUGUUUUUUCCUCAAUCAACUCACCAGGACAGUGAUGGAGUUUGGCUGGGUGGGGGGUGAAAUGGAGUGUGUCCAAUUAGGCCCAGCCAGUGGCCUACAACCGAAGAAGCACCAGAUCCUUUUUUUCUGCGCAGAAACUCAAGCCAAGCAGGCAGGGAUGCAUUAUUCAGGCUCAGCCGCUGAAAUAGGACAAGUUCCACAUGCGUGACUCGGAUAGAAAGAAUUGUUUUCACCUGCUUAGCAGCGAUUUGGUUCAGCAUACACCGACUAUUGCCUUUCCCACAACAACUGUUUUGUGUCUGUAAUUAGUCCUGUGAAGUUGUGAUUGCAAAGCAUAUUACAUACCACGGUGGCAAUUUGUUAUAGCCAGAGAUAUGGGGUAAAAUACCAUUGUCUACUGACACAGCCAGAUUUGUAUUGUUUCGUCCCAGGAAGCUCUUUUCCAUUCUUCUCCACUCAUCAGUUUAUUAUCAGAGCUAACUCUGUGAGGAAGUAUGGCAGCUUGUGAUUUCCAGGAAAUGGAGCGGUAUGGAGACCAUACUGUCAUCUCAGGACAAGAUGUACUGUUUAUGUUCUCUGUGCACAAGAUUCAGCAGUGCGGAGCAGUCAGGGGGUUUGUUUAGGGAGCCUGCAGUCUCAUUGUUUCCUUGGAUCCACCAAUAGACAACCAUGAUGAAACUCACUAGUAGAUGCUGAACAUAAACCGCAAGCCAAAUUAAAUGGUAUUAAGUGCAAACCUAAAGAGAAUCCUUUAAGAAACAGAGUGACCACUACCCUACAGCUGUAAGAGUAUUUUUCAUGAACAUGCAAGGGGCUGUUCAGACAGUCAUGGUCCGUCAUGUUUUCUCUGACGUGACCUGUAUGCCAGCUCCUUGGGGAAGGCUUGUGUGAGAAUAUGACUCUGUACAUGGAUUCUUGUAUUUAUGGCCCUUUCCUACCUGACACAAUGCUGUGGAACAAGAGGAGCAGGAAGACUAGUCAAGGGCCCAAAUCUCAUAUCAACGUCAGUGGAAGAACUCAUUAGGCAGGAACGGGGCUAUUGUGUCAUCAGUUGAGGGCCACUUCUUUAACGGGCUGCAUAUGCAAAAGGUCGUCCGUCUCCCUAACACACCUGACAGGACAACAGAAUGAAUUCUCUGAAUGAUCUGAGGGACAGCAUGGUCAGACGUUGGGCUACUUCAUGCCUCCUGCUGCUUUCCGGAGCUUUCUGUGCAUUUGCACUGGAUGUUACACAACUUCAAGUGACCAGCAAGAUUAUCUCAGAAGUCUUCAUGGUCACACAGAAUAAUAAGUACAGCUUCACUGCCUCUGUGGCCAUUGAAGUGUGUGAGGCUCUACACGCAAACAUCGCAACCAAGGCUCAGGUGGAGACGGCGCUCCAGAAUGGCUUGGAGAUGUGCAGAUUUGGCUGGGUGGAGGAGAAGAUUGCAGUUGCCCCACGUAUUCAGGCCAACCCAAGGUGUGGCCAGAGUAAAACUGGACUCGUCCCUUGGAGAGCCCCUGAAAGCCAACUUUUUGAUGUGUUUUGCUUCAAAGAUACAGGCACAGUGACAACCCAGAGAGCCAUGGCAACUAGAAGUGUGACCACGAAGAAACAGGAAGGAAGCACUUCCCCUCGACACCCUGUGACACUUCCACCCCUUAUCACCUCUGUUCUGACCAGGAGGGUCCCCCUCCCCACCUCCACCAUCUCACCUCAUGCUAUCUCUCCCUCCAUCCCUCCCCCACCCUCCAAAAAAGCUGAUACAACGCUCCACAAAACUCCUGUCACCACCACCAGCACCACUACUCGCCGGACAACCACCUCUACUCGUUCCUUCCCAGCCUCCUCUACCACCACCUCCACCUCCACCACCACCUCCUCCUCCACCUCCUCCACCUCCACUCUUUCUCCUCCAGUGCAGACAGCUGGUCUUGCUCCAUUCCAUUUAGAACACUCUGUACAAUCUAACCUAGGAGCAGCACCUGUUGCACUCCUUGUCACACUGGGUCUUCUUUUUGUCCUCUUGGCUGCAACAGCUGUGUAUUACAAAAAAAAAGGAAGGAGUCUCCCGCUCCAGAGGCCGGAGCAGGAGAAAGGAGCUGUUGAAACGGAGAUGUUCAAACACUUCCGUGAGCGGGACCUGAAGCGACACCCCUCAACAGGAGACGGAGAGAGAAGCAGGAAGUGCUCCAGUGACAUCACUCUCCUGAUGGAGCAGGAAGCCAAAGCAGAGAUAGCAUAGGGACACAUAUGGCACCGCGCAUGAGAAUCAUCUCCUCCUAAGUGACUGAGACAACAUACUGGAGAAGAUAUCCUCAACAACACCAGAAAUCUAUGUAAAUAUUUUCCUUUCCUAUGUCCUUUUUUGCUUAACUCUGAAUCCUCUCAUUGUCUUAUGGUCAUGCCAUGAGACCAUUUCAAGUAAAAUGGCAAUCACUAACUCUGCAAUUUUACUAAGUCUGCAAUCAUGCAAACAAAAACAAAGACCAUUUGCAUUACUCUCUCACACCUUUUCAUCAGGUUUUUGCACCUUCACUUCUUAUGCUGUACUGUAUAUACGGUGACUCAACUGCACCUCAUGGAGCCACUGACUUUGAUAUUGUUAUGGUUUGUGUAUUAUUCUCUAUUACAUAACAUUUUGUGACACUUUCUUUUGGCACAACAUCUCUGCCAACUGAACACAACCAGGCAUCUGAGAACCAAUCAUGAUUAUAUGCCAGGGCAACAGCAAACUGCUCAUUCAGAUCCAAGUCAAAGGUCACCAUCUGUAUUCACAAUUUCCCCAUUUAAUAAAAUUGGACUGAAAGACUCAUA